AUGGCCUAUUUGUAUCUUGAGCUACUCAAAGACUCCCUCAACGAGUAUGCAUAUGCAGCAGAGCUAGCUGGCUUGAGCUAUGAUCUCCAAAAUACCAUCUAUGGGAUUCGCUACCUUUAUGCUGACCCUCUCCAUUGCAACAUGACAUACCUGUUAAUCAGGUUAUUGAAGGAUGAUUUAAAAGAGUAUACAUAUGCAGCACGCCUCUCAGGUUUGGUCUAUGCCAUUGCAUCAGGAAUGAAUGCAAUUCUUCUUUCUGUAAAAGGUUACAAUGACAAGCAGCAUAUCUUGCUAAAGAAGAUUAUUGAGAAAAUGGCCACUUUUGAGAUUGAUGAGAAAAGAUUUGAAAUUAUCAAGGAAGAGUACAUGCGAUCACUUAACAACUUUCGAGCUGAACAGCCACACCAGCACGCCAUGUAUUACCUCCGACUAUUGAUGACAGAAGUUGCCUGGACCAAAGGUGAACUAAAAGAAGCUUUAGAUGAUGUCACUCUUCCCCGCCUCAAGGCCUUUAUAUCUCAGCUGUUGUCACGGUUACACAUUGAAGCACUUCUCCAUGGCAAUAUAACAAAACAGGCUGCAUUAGGAAUUAUGCAGAUGGUAGAAGACACUUUCAUUGAGCAUGCUCAUACAAAGCCUCUGCUUCCCAGCCAGCUAGUGAGAUACAGAGAAGUACAGCUACCCGACCGGGGUUGGUUUGUCUAUCAACAGAGGAACGAAGUUCAUAAUAACUGUGGUAUAGAAAUAUAUUAUCAAACAGAUAUGCAAAGCACCUCAGAGAACAUGUUUCUGGAGCUCUUCUGUCAAAUUAUCUCAGAGCCUUGCUUCAACACUCUGCGUACUAAGGAACAGUUAGGUUACAUUGUGUUCAGUGGUCCACGCAGGGCUAAUGGUAUCCAAGGACUGCGAUUUAUCAUUCAGUCAGAAAAGCCCCCACACUAUUUGGAGAGCAGGGUUGAAGCUUUUUUAAAAACCAUGGAGAAAUGCAUUGAGGAAAUGUCGGAGGAAGCCUUCCAGAAGCAUAUCCAGGCGUUAGCGAUUCGCCGCCUUGACAAGCCAAAGAUGCUGUCUGCUGAGUGCGCAAAAUACUGGGGAGAAAUAAUUUCUCAACAAUAUAAUUUUGACAGAGAUAACAUUGAAGUGGCAUAUCUUAAAACUCUCACUAAGGAUGAUAUCAUGCACUUUUACAAGAGGAUGUUGGCUGUAGAUGCCUCAAGGAGACAUAAAGUAUCAGUACAUGUACUAGCAAGGGAAAUGGACUCCUGCCCCGUUGUGGGAGAAUUUCCAAGCCAAAAUGAUGUCAAACUGGCACCAGCACCACCACUGCCACAGGGCAGAUCUUGGGCAUUAGAAACAGCUUCUGAGGCUGCCGCACAGCUCAGAUUACGGCCCUGCCCUCAUGAUCUAAUGGAGGCUUCCAGUGUGGUGGUUGGGAAUGAUUAG